GCGCUCUGCAAAGCCUGCAGCACCUUGGAGAUUGCGAAUUCGAUACAACCGUGACUAUUUCCAUACUAACAAUCUGGUUCUGCUGGAGAGUUUGGAAGUUUACCAUUAUCCCACUGAUCUGGCCUAAUGAGCCGUUGGUCUUUCCAUAUUUUGUUCCUUUACUCGGCCAUACACUCAGUUUCCUGAUAAACCCGGAAGGUACUAUACGAAAUGCGAAGAGAUGACCCAUAUGCGCUUAGAAUUGGUGGCCGUACUUUCCUCAUAGUUCGAAACACAAAUGAUGUUCUAGCUGUAUGGAGAGACACAAAAUCACUGUCUUUCGACCAUUACAUGCAGAAUACGUUCGCAGGAAUCGGCCUGCGAGAAGCGAGUUACAGCCUCAUGUUCCUUGAACGACCAGCGAGUCUUUAUAAGCGCAACCAAGAAGAUGAAAAUGAGGCCCCGUUCUUCGUGAAAGAGAAUCCAUUGGAUAAGCGCUUUAUUGAUAUUCAAGACGAAUGGAUCAAGGAGCAGUUCCAAGGUGGUGAAAGGGCUAAGGCUGCCGAAAAGCUUCUCCUAGAAUACCUCGAUAAGUUGUUGAUUUGGGACAAGUUGUCAACACCCAGAUACCUCAUAUCCGAAGAUCCAGAGCACGGAACAAAAUCACUGAGUUUAUAUAGCUUUUGUCGGUACACACUUGUUGAUGCAGCCUGCAUGACAUUUAUAGGCCCAGAGAUAUUGAAUAUUGACCCCCAAUUCGUCGAGCAUUACGUGCAGUGGGAUAACACAAGCUGGAAAAUCCCACACCAAGUUCCUAGAAUCUUCUGCAGAGAUCUGAACAAGGCCCGAGACAAGCUAGUUGAUGCCUUUGUCAAAUACUACUCGCGCCCAGAAGAGGAACGACCGCGCAUUAGUUGGCUAUUCAAUCGGAUGCAGAGUGAGCAGCAACGCCUGGGGUUUUCAGUUCAAGAGACUGCUUCAAUUGGUAUUUUGAUGCUCUGGGCCGUCAAUUUCAAUACAUUUCGAAUGGCUUUUUGGGUUUUCGCACACAUCAUCUGUGACCCGGCCCUUAAGGCGACAAUUACCAGCGAAGUAUCAUCUCUUCGCCGUCAAGAUGGCUCACUUGAUCUCACAGAGCUCUCUUCUUGCUGUCCAACACUCGAUGCAGUAUGGCUUGAAGCCCUUCGUCUGUACAGCAAUGGCACCGUUGCCCGCAACACGAUCCGUACGACAGUCAUCGGCAACACGACCAUCCGCCCCGGGACUCAAGUCCUUGGUCCUCUGCGAAUGACGCAUCUGCAACCAAGGAUCUUCGGUCCUGACGCUGAUGAAUUCAACAUAGAGCGCUGGAUGAGAGACAAGAAUCUGGAGUCUACUAAGGCCUUUGCACCUUUUGGCGGUGGAAAGACGUUAUGUCCAGGACGGUUCCUCGCCAAGAGAGAGGUCACCCGUUUUGUUGCAAUCGCAUUGUCAAGAUUUGAUAUGCGACCGGCUGGUGAGACGAAGGUGCCUCUUCCAGCGGUCGAGAAGCCAGCAUUGACAAUGCUUGAUCCCAGAACCGAUCUGUUGGUGGAGGUGAGGCGAAGGAAAGUGUUGUAG